CUUUAUUUACCGCGCGCCAUUCAACUCAAGGUCGUUGCGCGCAGGUGGAAAUAGCUAAGGUGACUACAAUGAUGGACUGAUUUCGUCAGCAACUGUAGAUGCCUAUGUACCCUCUGUGUAUUCUGAAUUACCCAAAAUUAAUAUGAGCAGUGGAAUUUAGGCAAGGCGCAGUCUAGACUUUAGGCAGACUUCCUCAAAGUUCGCAGAAAAAUCCCAAAAUCCGUGUCGCCUAGCACCCCAGAAAAACGGUUAACAACCAGUGUACUUCUUAAUCUUUUGAAGACGAAGUUGCAAUUAUUAGCAAUACCGGCGAGACUCUAAUUUAGCGACGAGACAAUCAGAAGCGUUUGAGCAAUUUCAAGGUCACGGAGCCAAGUUCAACACGCGAUGCUAACAUACGGUCGGUUCACUGCGGAUUUUAGAGAGGAGGUGAUUAGUGAGAGGUUAAAACAGAUGAGACGGCGAAACUCUAAUUUAGGGACGAGCCAGUGAGAAGCGUUUGAGCAAUUUUAAUUAUUAGCCAAUCAGAAGACAGUAUAAAGUAAAAAUAUAUUACAAGAAAGUAAUGAAUUACAGUGGAUAUUCUUCUUUUACAUGAGUUAAAAACUUGUUGAGGUUUGACAAAGGCUCAGAAGUUCUGAAUUCAUGAUGCAUAUUGUAUAGAAACUCGUCCAUAGGGUUAGGGUUUGGGGUUAAGGUUAGGGUUAGGGUUGGAUUAGGGUUUAGGGUUAGAUUAGGGUUUAGGGUUAGGUUAAGGUUAGGGUUUAGGGUUAGAUUAUGGUUUAGGUUUAUGGUUAGGGUCAGGUUAGGGUUAGGGUUAGAUUAGGGUUUAGGGCUAAGGUUAGGGUUAAGGUUUAGAUUAGGGUUAGGGUUAGAUUAGGGUUCAGGGUUAGAUUAGGGUUAGACUAGGGUUAGGUUAAGGUUAGGGUGCUAACAUGCGAUCGGUUUACAUCGGCUUUAGAGAAGAGAUGUCUAUUGACAGGCUACAACCCUAACCACUAACCCUAUGGACGAGUUUCUAUACAAUAUGCAUUAUGAAUUGAGAACCUCUGAACCUUCAUCAAACCUUAACAAGUUUUUAAAUCAUGUAAAAGAAGAAUGUCCACUGUAAUUCAUUACUUACAAUAUAUUCUCACUUGAUACUAACUGUCUUCUGAUUGGCUAAUAAUUGUCAAGGUCAUUUAAGAUUCGUUCAAAGGUCGUCGCUAAAUUAGAGUCUCGCCGCAAUACCCAGUCUCCCGAUUCGGGAGAAAAAUUGCUCCGUUUAGGGAAAAUUUUGGGUAAGCCGCUAUAGAAAAUUUUGAAGAAAUGGCACCAAAACCCUGGACUUUCCAUAGAUGUAGGGAAAUUCCCCAAACUUUUGGGUUUUUUCCGCGAUAUUUUCCUAAAUUUCCCCAGAAUCUUAUCAUAUUUUGGGGAAAUCGGUCUAUGUGUCAAUAAAACCACAAAACUCCACAAUUUUGAGUAAAUUUUGCGUUCUUCUCUGAUAGUUUCCCUAAACUUCGGGGAUUUCCCCUAUGUUUCCCCGGAAUUCCAUUACACUCUGAUGGAAUCCGUCUAUAUUUAUGAAAUCGCAAAAUUUUCCUCAAUUUCGGUGAAUUUAUCCAAAAUGUCUCGUUUUAACUCAAUGCUUUUCCACAUUUUUCGACAGAUAUCACGGAAAAGCCUGGCGAUAAUAACUGCCUAACAGUUUCUACUCAUGUACUCUUUUUUUUCCUGUCAAUUACGCACAGUAGACGCAGUGCCAAAGAAACUUAACUACAGCUGUUAACAAAAAUCGAUCUAUUGCUGUGAUUAAAAGAAUGAUUCGUCACGCAUUUAAAUGUUUAUUAAAGUUUAAUAAAUUACAAAUUAUUCACUAAUACAUCGUAUAUAUCAUAUUAAACAUAAUUAAUAUGAUAAUGAAGUUCAGUCGGCUUUACAGUACCAACUUUUAGGUUUUGUUUUGGUAUGUCAAAUGGACACACCACUUUUUCAUGAAUCUUACGUCAUAGAGACGAGUUGUUCGCACUGUCAUAGACUUCAGUUACUCCUGUCCAACCUGACUGCAACUAAUUGAUUCUUUUAGACUAGUAAUGUUAGACGUAAUGAAUGGGAUAUGAGACGGGUUGCAGCCAACAGUGUCAAACUCGAUGGGCUGCCACCGAUCCCAAAAUCCGCCACUGCCUCCUGUAGUUACGUACAUUAUGUACCCAGUGCAACAAACGGUAGUCUUUAUUUUUUAUUAAAUUGUAGGUGGUCCCGCUACCGAAAGAUCUCUGUCUGUUCAUCUCUCGAUGAAGCAACAGCUAGACAGAGUUGUAAUUCAGAUGAUAAAGGGAAGUGACAUAAUUGUAUACAAGGCCAACGGAAUUCUGGACCUUUUUCGGGUGUAUAUUCCUGAACUGUCCAUGUCCUUCCGAAGUGUACUUAGUCGUUGCUAUAAUAUGAAGCCCAAGUUUCUGGACACAGAAUUGUACUACCGCAUUGGACUGAAGUCAAGUUUACUGAGGAUUUUCGAAGAUUGGCUAGGUAAAUUCAGUUUUAACGAACUGAGUAUGCAACUCAAUUACGACGGCCUGUCGUUCAAAAGCUCUAGUCAACAGUUGUGAUCAAUCCUAGAACGCCUAGUAAAUCCAUCCCUUAGUGAAGUAUUCAUAGUUGGUGAAUUAAAACUCUGUUUUCAACGAAAUGUCCGCAGCACUUGUAACUGAGUUAAAGGAGUUGCUGACAGUAGGCCUUCAUGUAAAUAAGUGUCAAUUACAUUUGAUAGUAAAGUUAGUAGCUGUUAUUUGUGACACUGCAACUCGUAGCAACGUCAGGUAUGUCGUUAGACAUAAUGAUGCAACUGGUUGUGAUAAAUGUAAGGUUCUAGGGACACGACUAGGUGGUCGAAUUACUUUCCCCAACAGUGAAUAUGAAUCGAGAAAUGCGCAUAAAAUUUUCGACAUUUAGCCUGAUCUAGAGAAAUAGUAGACUUGUCUUUAACUGCAUUCAUCAAGACACUUUAGGAUACAUCCAGUGUCAUUCACUGGCCACUCAUGUUCAUCAAUCAGCACUUUCUUACUAAUCUAUGCAGAACCACGGUCUUAAGGUUUUAUUUGCCUACAAUUAUUGUUCGGAAUUCUUGCGAAAGUGUGACUGCUGCAUACAUCAACCCAUGCACUUCCAAAACAACUUGUUUGUGUAUUAACUGCGAAUUAAAAUGUGCAGGAAUUGUGCUUACUAACACCAGAAAUGUCUGAAUUGGACGUUGAUGUCGUUGAAAUGUUUCAUAAUGGGGCCAUACUUUCCGAACAAAUUGUUUGUUACGCAUAUAUCAACAUUCCCACCUGAGUGUACUGCAUUAAAUCAGAUGUUACGUAUUCGGUAAAGUUGUGUGAAUUAUUGUUCGUUUAAAAUAGGAGACAUUACCAACCCCUAGUUAUGUCUAAUAAACGCCGGAUAAAUCGCUAACGUCUAUUUCUUUUCAGCUAAGUAUAAUAAUACUUGCUGGUUACAAUGUAGACAUGUGACUGAUAUCCUAAUAUUGUGAACAUUUUUACAAACUAGAAUUUAUGAAAAUAAUUGGUUUUGUACAGAUGAUUCGUAGGUAAGUUAGUUUCUCUGAAGAAAUACUAGCGAAUGUCGGAAAUAUUCAGUCUAUAAGUAUACAACUUGGUGUGAAUUUAAGCAAAGUUUCACUAUUUCUUACGCUUGGCGAAAAGGAUGGAAAUCUGAGUCCUUGUUGCUUAAAUUUACAACAAAUUUCUCAUUAAAUACCGCUUUUAUUUUCUUUUUUUGUCGUUUUUUUGAUAGAAAUUCGGAAAUAUAAAUGCAAAGGACAGAUACUACUUCAACAAAUAAAAAUAGAUGGAAGCCAUAAAUUGGUCAACAUUUUCGUCUGGUUUACUGCUUGUUGUAUCUAAAUUGAUUUUACAUAAUCUUAUCCCGCACAUUAUUGACGUAUCUUUUUGUUUAAGCAUCCAGUUGACGAUAAAUAUUCCUUAUCACUCCGUACAUACUCUAUAUAUUUAAUAGUUCCGCUUAUAAAUAAAUGUCUGUCAUUCAAACAGUUUAUUUUCUCAUAUUUUGCUUCAAAAUAUAUGUAUGUCUAUCUCUAUGACAACCCAAUAAAUAUAAAAUAACACUGAACAAACAAAAGUUAGUUCCGAUUGAUGAAUCGAUUAAUUAAAAUCAGACGAUUAUUUCGAACAUAUACAUUUUUACAUAUUUUUCUAAAAAUAAACAUUUUAUCAAUUUUCAUAUAUUUUCUUCUAACCAUAAUUAACAACUAUCGAUUUCCCAAUAUAAAUUAUCAUGCAUCUACUGUACGAGAUCGUGAAGAAUUACGAUUAGCUCAUCUACGCACAUUAAUGUACGAUUGGUACCAUCAAGGAAAAAUACCGUUUGUUUACCAACCACCACAAUCAUCAUUGUCAAUUUUAAGUAAUAAACAUGGUAUUGUCAUUAGUAUCAUGACGUCAAAUCGUGUUCAAUAUCAAAUUGAUGAUUAUCAACAGGAUUAUUUAACUCAAUCUUUAUCAACCUUAAUUAAACUAAUAUUUGAAGAUAUUUCAAGGUAUGGUUACCGAUUUAAAUAUAUCAAUAUAAUGAUCUGUUUGAAUGGAACCAAAAUAAAUGAAUUGUCUAAUGUACAUGAAAUUAUACGACUUGUUGGUCAGCAUGCAAUUCAUCCAUUGCGUUCUAAUCAAUUAUCAACUUAUAGGAAUUUAUCUGUUAAUUAUCAAUUUGUGAGAGAUAUGUCGACCUGUAUGCUGAAAUCAGUUGAUUUAGUUAAAAAACAAGAACAUAAUCAUAGUGAUUAUAUACUUAUCAUACAAGAGGAUAUGAUUGCAAUGAAUAAUUUAUUUGAUGUACUAUGGGGAUUAAUGCAACAAUCUAUGAAUAAUAUUCGUCAUUAUCAUGACCAUCAUAGACUUGGUAUGAUCCAAUUGUAUUCACAUAAAAACGUAAUGAAAUUUCCAUUUUAUCAUAAAAUUGAUAGACAAUUAUUUGAGUUAACAUUUGCUUGCCUACUAUUCAUUACAUUCAUUGCAUUUUUUAUUUAUUUACAUGUAGCAUUUAAACAAUCAUCAUCACAGUAUGGAUUAUAUAAAUUCUAUUUAAUGCUUAACUUAUUCUUUACAUUGUUUACUUUAAUUUGGUUGUAUGGGUUUAAUAAUUUAUUGAUUCGAUUAUCUAAUUUAUUUAUCUCUUAUAAUGGUGUUUUUCAACUCAAAAGUCAAUCGUACUACGCUAAAACUGAUAUGGUUAUGGCUAAUUUAUAUUCAAGUAUACAAGUUAGACAAAUCAGUCAUUAUCUAAAAUCAGUUGCACCAUGUGAAAAUUCCUUAUGGUAUUUAAAACAGGAUGAAUCAAAAUGUGCUCAAUUGAUUACAUCAUAUCUUGUGUCAAAUGCUAAACAAAUAUUUAGUGUAUAUAUGAAUGUAUUUAAACAUUGUGGAUUGUAUUCGAAUGAAGAAAAAAGAAUGCUGAAUCCAGCUGAUGUCGAAUAAUAUUGGUAGUAAUAGCGUGUUGUGUCCUUCUCAAAUAGUUCUUCGCUACCCAGAAAUAGAUUAAAUUUUGUUGAGUUU